UUACUUUAAAGUGCGGUAUCUCUUUGUUUCAAAAUGAAUGAAAACCUCGACAUUUUCCCUCUCGAAGAAGCUUCAAAAAAGCAAACCCUAGAAAACGUUCAAAUGGGGGACAUGUCCAGAAAGAUUGACGUGGAGAAGCUGAUUUCUUAUAGCGACGAUCUAGUUGAAGUACUGAAGGACAAAAGGGACCUUAACAGCUUGACUCAGUGUUUGGACCUCUCCAAAUCCCUUCAGUCCUCUUGUGAAGCUGAUUUCAACUCGGUUCUCAACUCCAUUCAAGAUUAUGAGAAAAGGAUUGAAGCUUGCAAGCAGAAAACAGAGCGGGCCAAAUCUGAAGUUGCUGCUGAAGCUGAGGUGGACCAUCUUCAGAAUGAGCUAGAAGAGGAGCUUCAUAAAGAACGUGCACUCCAGGAGGAACUUAGAGCCAUCUCCAAUGAGAUUAAGGAUUUAGAACAUCAAAGGAUUGCAAUUGAAGAACGAAAGCGAGCCCGCAAAAAAUCUGUGCAAGAUGAGUUGAGGGCACAGAUGAAGCUCUCAAUGUAUGCAUCAACCACAAAUAUUAUCCCAAACUUGGAUGAUCAAUCUAAAAUUUCUGGCUAUAUAGUGGACAGGGAUAAAAAUGUGUUUAAGAAGUUUGAGUACCAUCUGGCGAAGAAGACAGCAUAUGAUAUAUGUGAUAACAUUUGGAACACCAUAAAUUUCUGAUGGAUCUUUGACAUUCUUCUCUUCAGAAAACAGAUGCCAUUCAAUAUGAGAAAAUGCUUUAUUGAUCCCUUUCUUUUGACUUGUGGUAUAUUGUGUCUUUUCCUUCUGCAUUUUUGAAGCUGUAACUCAUUGUAGAGCAUUAUUUUUCAUUUUGAUAAUUUGAAUUUCUGGUGAACGAGAUGCGCAGGCAGGCAUCUGGCCUCUUAAUGUAUUAAAUAACAUAAUAGUUUACAAAAACAUGUUCUGUAAAUAUUUUAGAGAAUAUUAGUGCAUAAACAUUCUUAUCA